AAGCACGACACGAUUUGCCCCCAUGUAGGCCCUGCGGCGAUCCCCGCCCUCGAUUUGUUUUCCUUCCCGGCGAAGACGCCUGCUUGGCGGGGGAGGGGGAGCAGGCCGCGGCGGCAGAAAGAAGAGACGGAGGAGGAGGAGCAACCCUUCCCGUCCUCCUCCUUCCCUCUCGCGGGCUCCGCCAGGCGGCCUCCUCCCCCUCCGCCAGCUCCGCCUCGGACAUGGAGAGCUUCCUGGGAGGCCGCAAAGCCGCCCUUCAGGUCCUCAAGAACACCCCCCUUUGCCCCCGAAACCACAGGCGCUCUCGUCCUCCGGAAACCACCUUCUUCUGUAGAAGCAGGCCUGUGGCUGCACAGGCUUCUCUGGGCGAUCACGUCCGGAAGAACCAGGAGGUCCACGUGGUGAUGGGGAACGAGGCCUGUGACCUGGACUCCAUGGUGUCCGCGUUGGCCCUUGCUUACUUCUUUGCAAAGACCACCCCGGACUCGAAGGCAGCCUUCAUCCCGGUCCUGAACAUCCCCCGCUCAGAAUUCCCUCUGCGCACAGAGAGCACCUUCCUCCUCAAAGAGCAGUGCAUCGCGGAGAGUUCGCUCGUCUUCCGGGAUGAGAUUGACCUUGCCACCUUGCACCAGGCAGGCCUCCUUUUGCUGACACUCGUUGAUCACCAUGUCCUGCCAAGUGGGGAUGCGGGGCUGGAGGAGGCGGUUGUUGAGGUGAUCGACCACCGGCCCCUGGAGCGGGAGAGGGGCCCUCCCUGCAGAGUCACGGCAGAGCUGGUGGGCUCGUGCGCCACGCUGGUGACGGAGAGGAUCCUGCAGAGCCCGGCGCAGGUUUUGGACAGGCAGACAGCAGCUCUCUUGCACGGCACGAUCGUUCUGGACUGCGUCAACAUGUCCCCCGAAGCCGGCAAAGUGACCCCGAAGGACACCCAUUACGCUUCCCUUUUGGAGUCGAAGUUCCCCGAUCUGCCCUCGAGAAGCAUCAUCUUUGAAGCCCUGCAGAGGGCCAAGUUUGAAGUCUCAGGACUCACCACAGACCAGAUGCUGAGGAAGGACCUCAAGGCCCUCUCUGGGGGAGAAGCUGUCAUUGCGCUCAGCGCUGUAUACAUGAACCUACAGGCCUUCCUGCACCGUCCCGGUUUGGAGCAGGAGCUGUCCGCUUUCUGCCAGCAAAGGAGCUACGAUGCCUUGCUUGCCAUGACCAUCUCCUUCAACGAGCAGAACGAGCCGUUCAGGCAGCUCGCCGUGUACAGCCAGCACCCGGAACUCCAGGCAGCGAUCUGCCGAGCUUUGGAAGCCUCCAGCAGCCCUUCCCUGAGCCUGUCUCCCCUCGAGAGCCCAUACGCCACCGUCCGAGCCUACCACCAGGGCAACACCACCGCCUCCCGCAAGAAAGUCCUCCCCAUCGUCCGAGACUUCCUGCAGGAGUGGAAACGCCUCGCCCCUGCCGCCAUGCAGCCCGAGGCCACAGGCCCGUGCAGCAAGACGAGGCCAGAGCCCCGAGGCGCCGGAACCUGCGAGCGAGAGCGGGGGGCCGGCGGCCCCAGGAAGGACCCCGCAAAGCCACACCGCCUGGGGGAUGACCUGGCUGCGGACGAUGACGCCCCGCUGCCCCCCACGCCGAUGAACAGCCUGGUGGACGAGUGCCCCCUCGACCGCGGACUCCCCAAACUGUCGGCGGAGGCCGUCUUCGAAAAGUUCAGCCGCAUCGCCGCGGCUCGCUCCUCCACGGAUGACGAGCCGGGGAAGAAGUGAUGCCGGACACCAAACGGACUCCUUUGAAUCCGGGGGAUAUCUCUAGCAGGGGUGUGUGAGUGUGUUUGUGCGUGCGAAUGCACGCACGUGGGGGAAUCCAUCGUGCAGCAUGUUUCUCUGCCACAUGGUCCUGCACGCGGAAGAAUGAGAGGCAGCGGGGAAAGGAUUUUGGGCGGGAAGAUGGUUGGACAAAGCAUUUCUCCGGCUCGGGGAGACAGAGCUUGAGCAUGGGGUUCACUAAUGGCAAAGGCUAGAGACAAAGGAUUGCAGAGCAGAUGCCCGCAAGUAUAAUUUUCUAGAUCGCAGGGAGACCUGUGUCAAUGGGAGUCCCAGGGCAGGUCUGGCUUUUGGAAGGGUUUCGUGUCUACCGGUUCGCUCCAAGGUGGCUCCAUCUGCCGUUAAGAGCAGGAAGUUUUGGUCCAUGGAGCCCAAGGCUCGUUGAAACAGGGCAAGAAAACGGUCCAGUGAGCUGUUGAUCUGGAGAUCGGCUAUUGUCUCAAGAGGGAUUAGAGACAGGCAUUGCUAUCUGCGGGACACACAAACCCUGUUUGUCUCACUGUUGCCUCUGGUCCAACAGGUCAGGCAGGCUUUUGUGGGAAACCUUCCAGACCUGUUGGACCAGGCCAGAGGGGAAAGUAUGACAAGACCUUUAGCCUCCGUGCCGGGGCAGCCUCUGCAGACGAAGCUGAACCGUCACUUCCAGGAGUGCAAGAUUCUGGGCCUGGGGAGGGGUUCACUGCGGGCCAAAGACUUCAGCUGCCUCUGUGUGUCUCUAGCAUGCUGUUGUGGAGUGUGUUUGAAAUGGAUUUAAUACACUUUCUAAUGAAUAAAAACAACAAAGAACCUGCUCUCAAAUAUACAUUCUAUUUUAGAAUAUAUCUGGUCUUUUAUUUCUGUGCCAGCUCCUGGGAGAUCAGAUGUCUAGGAAUACUGUGUUUCUUUAAAAAAACAACACCUAUUUUUAAAAAAUCUAUAUAUCCAUCCUCAAUAUACCCAUUAGUCAAAAUACAGUGGUACCUCGCAAGACAAAUGCCCUGCAAGACGAAUUUUUCGCAAGACGAAUGCGUCUUGCGAUCUGAUGGUGACUCGCAAGACGAAUUCAUUUUGCGAAAAAUUUGUCUUGCGAAUAGCGGUUUCCCAUAGGAAUGCAUUGAAAUUUAAUUAAUGCGUUCCUAUGGGCAAAAAAAGAAAUUUCAAUGCAUUCCUAUGGGAAAUCGUGAUUCGCAAGACGAAUUUUUCACAAAACGAAUUGACUCACAGAACGAAUUAAAUUCGUCUUGCGAGGCACCACUGUAUUCAGUGAAUGUUAACUGCUUGGUGGGCUCUUAUCACACCGGAGGGCAGGUGGAUGUUCUGGGUGGAAAACGGUGCCAGAGAGAGAGAGACCAGAAGGACAGAAGACAGAAAAGGUGAUGGAGGAGAGAGGGAGGGAGAAAAGGAUGCCCACCCACUUUUGGCUCUGGCUCCGCCCACCACUUGGUUUGGCCCCGCCUACACACACACACCACCCUUCACUGAUCAAACAGGACCCCACCCCCUCCCCAUGAUCAAUCCAUCAGAUCUUGAGAACCAGGGUGGGUGAGCGUUGGAUCGCAACCAGAGAGAUCUGGGUUCAAAAAUCUCCACUCAGCCACGAAGCUCUCGCUGGGGUGAUUUUGGGCCAGCUGCUGUCUCUCAGCCUGACCCACCUCACAAGGUUGUUGUGAGGAUGAAGCAGGGAGGGGGCGCAGGAAAAAAAAUGCACGCCCCCUCGAGUUCCUUGGAAGGAAAGGCCAGGUUUACAAAUGGAACGAAGAAAGAAAACAACAACACCCUUUUUUUCCUCUUGGCUGUGAAGUGCAGGGCUGAGGCCAGCUGCACCUGUGGAAUUCCUAACCACUCGUGCAGGUAGUGGUGAAGGUUUGAGAUUCCUGCUAGGGAAUGCAGGGAAGCUAAAGUUUUUUCCCCAGGAGGAUAUUUUCACCCCGAUCCGUGACAGAGCAAAACAUGCGCAGGAUCGAGAACUGGGGGUGUAAAUUGGAUCCAAGCAUGGACACUCCUGACACAGAUACAUGUGUGGCAUGUCAGUCAUAAAAACACACAUUUCACAAGGUUGCCUAAGAAGUGAGCCGUUUAUUGACGGAAAAGGGCUUUUAAAACUUGACAGUGCUGCUACUCCACGAGCCAACACUAGGGGGCAGGGUUGGGAACAAAACAGGAGAAGAUGGAGACCAUGUCUGGCAUCCCAGGUAGACUCCCACUGCCUAUGGAGGCUCCAUUCCUAGCUAUUGUGGUAAAUAACAUCAGAAGCCCCCAACAACAAGCCUGAACGUUGUCUGGAAAAUAUGGUGGGGGGCUGGAAAGUCUACAGCUGUUUCACUUGCUGAAGAGCACGAGAACUGAAAAUGUUUUCAGAGGUCGAUUUUUAUUUGCUGUUCGGUUAAACUUGGUUCCCAGGUUUCUUAGGGGAGUUUGGCCGCUGUGAGAGCAGGAUGCUCCUCUGAUGUGCUCCUCCAAUGUGCUUAAUCAUCACCAUAAUAAUAAUUUGAUUAUUUGUAUCGCAGCCACUCUGGGCUACCGCCAGCAAAAUAUAAAAACACCACAAAACAGAAAACGUUAAUUGGCAAAACUUACCAGAAGAAAAAGAAACAAGACAGAUAAACUUUUUAUAAAAGAAUGGAAAUUGUUUAUUGAAUAUUUACAGAUAAAUUGCAAACUGAUAAAAACAGCAGGAUUAUUGUAAUAACCUGAGAUCCAGCACUGAGGGCCUUCUGGCGGUUCUCUCGUUGCGAGAAGUUGCAGGGAACCAGGCAGAGGGCCUUCUUGGUAGUGGCACCCGCCCUGUGGAAUGCCCUCCCAGCAGAUGUCAAGGCAAUCAGUAACUAUUUUACUUUUAGAAGACAACUGAAGGCGGCCCUGUUUAGGGAAGCU